GGGCCGGGGCUGGAGAAGUUUGCGCCGCGGCUCGUGAGCGCAGGGUGCGGGCCCCGCCGGCCGCUGCGCGCCCGCUGCCAUGGCUUUUCGCAGAAGGACGAAAAGUUACCCGCUCUUCAGCCAGGAGUUCGUCAUCCACAACCAUGCGGACAUCGGCUUUUGCUUGGUGCUCUGCGUCCUCAUUGGACUUAUGUUCGAGGUCACUGCCAAGACUGCCUUCUUAUUUAUUUUACCUCAGUAUAACGUUAGCGUGCCUACAGCAGACAGCGAGACCAUGCACUACCACUACGGCCCGAAGGACCUGGUCACCAUCUUGUUCUACAUCUUCAUCACUAUCAUCUUGCACGCUGUGGUUCAGGAGUACAUUUUAGAUAAAAUCAGCAAACGGCUUCAUCUCUCCAAGGUCAAACACAAUAAGUUCAACGAGUCUGGACAGCUGGUCGUCUUUCAUCUCAGCUCGGUGAUAUGGUGCUUCUACGUGGUGGUGACGGAAGGAUAUUUAACAAACCCAAGAAGCCUCUGGGAAGACUACCCGCACGUGUACCUCCCCUUCCAGGUGAAGUUUUUCUACCUGUGCCAGCUGGCCUACUGGCUGCACGCACUUCCUGAGCUAUAUUUCCAGAAGGUACGAAAGGAGGAAAUUCCUCGCCAGCUCCAGUACAUCUGCCUGUACCUGGUCCACAUAGCUGGAGCAUACAUCUUAAACCUCAGCCGCCUGGGCCUAAUUCUACUGCUGCUGCAGUACUCCACCGAGUUCCUCUUCCACAUGGCGCGACUCUUCUACUUUGCAGAUGAGAACAACGAGAAGCUGUUUAAUGCCUGGGCUGCUGUAUUUGGGGUCACCCGCCUCUUCAUCCUCACCCUCGCUGUGUUGGCCAUUGGCUUUGGACUGGCUCGCAUGGAAAACCAGGCCUUUGACCCUGAGAAAGGGAAUUUCAACACCUUGCUUUGCAGGCUCUGUGUGCUGCUGCUGGUGUGUGCUGCCCAGGCCUGGCUCAUGUGGCGCUUCAUCCACUCCCAGCUGCGGCACUGGCGAGAAUACUGGAACGAGCAGAGUGCCAAGCGGAGAGUCCAAGCUGCCCCCAGACUACCAGCCAGGCUCAUCAAGAGGGAAUCCAGUUACCAUGAAAAUGGAGUGGUGAAAGCAGAGAAUGGAACCUCCCCACGGACUAAGAAACUCAAGUCUCCUUAAGGCCAAAGUGCUGAGAACAGGAACCCUCUCGCGGGGAUUCAGCAGGGGGCUGGGAGCCCCGGCUUCCGUCACUGCCUCCCCCUUCCUGCUCAAGAUGCUCCGUCUCAAAACAGCAGAAACCUGCCUUUGGAUGGGCUUUUCCUCUUUCUUGCUUCUUAACUUUCUUUUCUUAUUCCAUAAACCAUUCUCAAUAAAACCAAAAAUCUUCCGCUUGCUCUCCCUCAA